AAAGUUGGGCAUUCAAGUAUGGCUGUCGAAGGAGGAGGAGGAUCAACUCUGUCGGAGCUGUAUCAGAGAUCACGGCGGUUACUUUUGAAAACCAGAGAUGAUUUGGAGAGACUCGAGCGGUUAUCCGCUUCCGUCGAUUCGCCGGAGCUAUCCGUUUCCGUCCGCCGAGAUAUUUCUCAUAUUCAAACCGUAUGUGCCGAGAUGGACGGACUUUGGCGAUCCGUUGCUUCUAAGUCUCAGCGAGAUCUCUGGAAGAGAAAAGUGGAGCAAGUAGCUGAAGAGGCUGAUUCGUUGAGAGAAAGUUUGGAUCGGUAUAUGCAGAGGCAGCAGAAAAGGAUGCAAGAAGCACAAGAGAGGGCAGAAUUGCUUGGAAGAGCUAAUGGCGAAUCAUCUCAUGUUUUGCGGAUAUUUGAUGAGGAAGCACAAGCUAUGCAGUCUGCUCGAAACUCGUCUCGAAUGUUGGAAGAGACGUUUGGAACUGCAACAGCUAUUCUCGCUAAAUACUCUGAACAAAGGGAGCGGUUAAAGGGAGCUCAACGAAAAGCAUUGGAUGUGCUCAACACUUUGGGCCUGUCGAAUUCUGUGUUGAGGCUUGUUGAGAGGCGGAAUAGAGUUGAUCAAUGGAUUAAGUAUGCAGGCAUGAUCCUUACAAUCAUCAUAGUAAUUGCUUUCAUGAGGUGGACUAGGUGAUCUCUUUCUUAUUCACUGGAAAUAGUCUCUUGUAAUUUCUCUUUUAUACAGAUAAGGAUUUUUGGAUAAGAGAAAUUUUUGUAGGAGUUUGUAUUCUUAACGAUCUUCUUGUGGAACUGUGUUAGCAUAUCGUGUUCAGUUAAUUGUUAACUAAUACCUCUAGCCACUUAUAUGAAUGACUACCAUAUAAUCUUGUUGAUC